AUGGCGCCAAACUCAGCCCCGAACCGCGCCGACGAACCUGACAAGCAGGAAGUACCAGAUGCCGAGGAGCAGCUAUUCGUGAACACCAUGGGCUGGAAGGCUCUGUUUAGCUUCACGACUCGAAAACAUCUGCCCGUCCUCACAUUCGCCGUAUUGGCCUCGACUCUUGCCGCCCUUACGCUUCCCGCGCUAGCUGUCCUUUACGGUCUGUUGUUUCGAGAAUUCGGGUCUGUUGCCAAGGGUGACAAGUCAGACUCGCAAUUCCUGAAGCAGGUUUCGACGUAUUGUAUAUAUGUCACAGCAAUAGGUGGCGUCAGCUGGUUGGGCAACAGCCUACACUUCGCCACAUUCGUGACGUUCGGCGAAAUGCAGGCACGCAGCGCAAGAGGAAGAAUAUUCGGCGCGUUGCUGAAGAAAGACAUGGCCUGGUACGACACGCGAGACACGGGUGUAGCGGCGUUUCUGCCAGCCAUGCAAACACAAAUCCACGACCUCCAGAUUGCGGUUUCACAACCCUUCGGGCUAGCCGUUCAAUGCGUCGUUCAAACCAUCGGCGCUCUCGCUGUCGCCUUCUAUUCCUCGUGGAGCCUCACCCUCGUCAUCAUCGCCUCCGUCCCAAUCAUGUACCUCUUAACAGCCUAUCUGUCCAAAUUGUUAGCGCAAAGCGCGCACGAACAGAGCGACAUAUUGAGGCGAGCUUUGAAGUAUUUUACCAACGCUAUUCGCAGUAUCGAGACCGUCAAGUGCUUCAAUGGAGAACGGCAUGAAUCUCAAAGAUAUGAAAGGGUAGUGACUUCAGCCGGGAACUUGUACAACAAACAAGCCAACUUCCGGGCUCUGCAACUGGGAGCAAUGCAAUUCUUCACGCUAAGUGUUUUCUUUCAGGGAUUCUGGUACGGCGCACAUCAGAUAUUCGAAGGAAAGAUAAACAUCGGCCAGGUCAUCACAACGUUCUGGGCAGCGAUGAUGGCUGUGCAGGGAGUGACUGGGUUUCUUCCUCAGUUCAUUGUGCUGCAGAAAGGAAAAGUCGCCGGCGCAAGACUGAGGAUGCUGAUAGCACAGAUAUCAGAAGAUGGUGCUCUCGUUGAGACGAGUGGGCAGCUCAUACCACCGAAAUGUGACGGGAAAAUCGAGUUCAACAACGUAUCAUUUUCUUAUCCUUCGCGGGCAGAUCAGAUUGCCUUACGCAAUGUCUCCGUAUCGUUCCCCGCGGGUGAGACCACUUUUGUGAUAGGACGGAGCGGAUCAGGCAAGAGCACGUUGGGCCAGCUGCUCGUUCGAUUUUAUCAGCCUGCCUCUGGCCAGAUACGACUCGACGGAACCUCAAUCCAAGACCUUGAUGUGCAUUGGCUUCGUAAUCAGAUCACACUCGUAGAACAAAAUAGCGUUCUAUUUGAUGGUUCAAUACGGGACAACAUCGCCCUCGGUAAACGAGGCCAGGAAGCGAACAGUACGGAAAUCGUCAGCGUCGUAUCAUUCGCUAUGCUUGAGCAGAUGAUACAUAGCCUCCCUGAUGGGCUGGAAACCGAUUUGGGGACGCAAGGAAACAAUCUCAGUGGUGGACAGCGACAAAGAAUGGCGCUUGCGCGCGCACGCCUGCGCGAUUCUUGUGUCCUUGUCCUCGAUGAGUCCACAAGCGCGCUUGACUAUAUCACAAGGUCCACCAUUCUACAAGCCAUACGUUCUUGGAGGCGAGGCAGAACGACCAUCAUCAUCACACAUGAUAUCACGCAGAUUCUUCAGCAAGAUGUGGUGUAUGUCAUGGACAAGGCACAAGUAGUACAGCAGGGAACGAGGGAUCAGAUGGUCGCAGUACCAUACUCUCCAUUCCACACCUUCUUGGUUGAAAAGGACUGGAAAGACGAAUCAGAAGACGAUGAAUCCGAGGAUGACACCGACAUGAUCGUUGGGUUGUACUGGGACUCGUGGAGUGGGUCAAGAACACCCAGCCGCCUGCCGAGCCGCCCGCCCAGUCGUCCUAACUCUACUAUAGUCAGACGUUCAGGGAUGUUCUCACCGUUUUCAAGUCCGGAUGUUGAGGCUUCGUUAUCUCAAAGCCACAGAGCUUCUGGUGACUUCACGGGCGAAAGAAUAAUCAACUUCUCUGGAAAGCUCCGACCGCGUCCUUUGACAGCAACUAGCACUGUAAGAGACUACUCACCCCUCAAGGUGGUAAGUCGACCACAGUCAACAGUUUCUUACCACUCUAAGGAAAGAGAUGUGUCGAAAGUGUCUUCAAUUGCAAGGCCUGAGUCUGUCGCUGCGCCCGCCACAAUAUUGAGACCAGCAAACAAAGAUGAGUAUCCAUCCUUUCGCAGAACCUUUCGUGAAAAGAUGGAGAUACGGAAGCAACUUCGCAGUAAGAUUCAUGAAGAGAAAUCUGCCGAGACCAUCGAGCAGCUAAGCAUAGCUGGGGUACUACGUACAGUGUGGCCUCUGGUCAAUUGGGCCACACGACUCGCUUUAUUUGGGGGCCUCUUUUGCUCUUUGAUCCAUGCAGCUGCUACUCCCGUCUUUGGAUACGUUCUGUCUCAGCUGUUUUCGACGUUCUAUACCCUGGACAACCAACGAGAAUUGGCGCAGACUUAUGCGCUCUCGAUAUUGGGCAUUGCAACAGCAGACGGUCUCGCCAACUACGGCUUCAACGUUCUCUUCGAGAUCUCGGCACAGAGAUGGGCCACUACGCUCAGAACAGAGGGCGUGAAACGCAUACUUCUCCAACCACGAGAGUUCUUCGAACAGGAGGAGAACAGUGUGCCGCGACUAGCAGAGUGCUUGGAUCAAUUCGCAGAAGAGGCUCGGAAUCUCCCUGGACGCUUUUUCUGCAUCCUGAUCAUCAUGGUAUUCACGGUUGUUAUCGCACUGAUUUGGGCGCUAGUCAUUUGCUGGAAGCUCGUACUCGUGUCCAUCGGUUGUCUUGCAGUCAUGUUCUGCAUCACCCGAAUCUUCCACGCGAUCAGCAAUCACUGGGAGAAUCUUAGCAACAGCGCCAGCGAGCGAGUAGGCCAAGUCCUGCAUGAGACGUUUUUCAACAUCAGGACCGUGCGAUGCCUUGUCCUCGAGGACGUUUUUCGACAAAAGUAUGCCGAAGCCACUAGUAGCGCUCUCGCGAUUGGAAUGAAGCGAGCAAUAUACACCGGCUCGAUAUAUGGGCUCAACUACGCCAGCGCAGCUUUCACUACGGCAACUCUGAUGUGGUGGGGAGCCUGGCUCGUGUCCAAAGGUCAAUACACCUCUACAGACAUCAUUACAACUUUCAAUGUCCUCAUGCUAAGCGUGGCCCAUGUCAACCACGUCGGCGAUUAUAUUCCUCAGAUCAAUAUGUCCAAGGAUGCCGCCUCACGUCUUAUGCGCCUUGCACGUCUCCCUCGAAACUCCUAUGAGCUCAGCGGUAACUCACAACUCUUCACCGCCGGAGAUAUCGAACUUGAUAAGGUCGACUUCACCUACCCGACUAGACAGAACCAUCAAGUGCUGAAGAACGUCAGCUUCAGAAUCCCCAGGGGAAGCUGCACAGCCAUCGUUGGCGCCUCCGGCUCCGGAAAAUCCACCAUCGCCUCCCUUCUACUCAAACUAUACCAAGCAAACGCCAAAUCGCACACCCACAAGCCAGACAUCUCAAUCUGCAAUCAGGACAUCAAACGACUGCACACGCUGACUCUCCGCUCCCGCAUAGCAGUCGUUCCACAAACACCCGUCCUCUUCCCGGGCACCAUCAGAGAGAAUAUAAUCUACGGCCUCGACUUCUCCAGCUCUUACACAACCGAAGAGAAUAUCCGAGCCGCGGCCUUCGCCGCCGGCUGCGAGGACUUCAUCGACAGCCUCCCGCAGGGCUUUUCGACCGUCGUCGGCGACGGCGGCACCGGCCUCUCUGGCGGACAAGCCCAACGCAUAGCUAUCGCGCGCGCCCUCGUGCGAUCCCCGGAUAUAAUCAUCCUCGACGAAGCGACCUCUGCGCUGGACGUCGAAUCCGCGGGCAUUGUGCGCGACACGAUUCAGCGUCUCGUACACGAGUCCCGGACUCCGAAGUUUAAUCCGGAUGUUACCUCCACCAACUCAUCCAAGUUCCCGCCACGCGUGGGCAGCAGGACGGAGGCGACGAAGCCGCUAAGCGCGCGGAUGAGCCAGGCGGUUGAGCGGCAGGGGAUGACGGUGAUUAUCAUCACGCAUGCGCGGGAGAUGAUGGCGAUUGCGGAGCAUAUUGUUAUGCUGGAUCAGGGAAAGGUUGUGGAGGAGGGUGGGUAUGAGGAGUUGCGGAAGAAGAGGACGGGGGCUUUCGCGAGAUUGUUGAGGGGUGAGGCGGGGGAUGGGGGUGGGAUGUUCAUCUAG